ACUUAACUAGUAACACAUGAGUUUGGAAUGAAAUGCUAGUGAAUACAUCAGAUGUUAUGGAUAUUUUUUGGCAAUAAAUAACUAUUAUAUAACGUUUCAAAGAUUUUAAAAGUAUACUAAGCAUGAAACUUUUUAAGAUUUAAGAUGGAUGUGGAUUUAUCUGAACUUGAUGACUGGUUAGGAACACUUGAAGAAUUACAGCUGGGUUUGGAAAAAGCGACAAAUCCCAACACCGGAAAUUUCAACCCUCCAAAAACUCCAGACAGAUCGUCUACACAUGCUCACGUCAAUCAAAUUUUCCUUAAUCAACCUCCAAGUCCCAGUCUCCCAACAUCAUCAAUAACCACAUCUCAAUCGCAUUUGCACUCACCAUCAACAGCAUAUUGGCCAGGAAAUUCGUUCAGUCCAUCAUCACCUAAUCAUAGUUUACACGCUUCACAAAAAACAAAUUAUCCGCUCUCAUCAUCUUCAGUAAAUGAUAACAGUGGUAACUUUAAUGCAAACAAUUUGUUAUCAUAUGCUACGAAACCUCCUGCUUCUAAUUGUUCAUCAACACGUCUGUUGAAUGGAAGUAAUGGCAAAACUCAACUACCAGUUCACAAACAGAUAUCCACUAAAUCAUCCAAUCACGUGUCUUUCAACCUACACAAUUCUCAAGAAGCUACAGCUGAACAUGAUUUGAGUAGUCUCCUUAGAGAACUUGAAGUGGUUGAAGAGAAAAUGAAAGAAUUAGAACAGGAAAAUAAUCAGUUCACUCGACGGUACAGUUUAGCUUCAUCCUCUAAUGGCAAACAUCCAGCAUAUCCUGUUUCUAACAAAUCUACAGUAGAAACUUCAAACUCAUCAGUAAUAGUUAGUGAUCAACCUGUAAUUUCUUUAUCAGUGCCUGAUAGAAAAGAAAAUUUAAACAAAAGUAAUGGCUAUAUUUGUGCAGAAUGGGCAGCUAAAUUAAAUCAUGAUGAAUAUGAUCAUGAUAAUAAUAGUAGAUUUUUAAAGAAAGAUUCCUCACCUUCACCCCCUCCACCGCCGCCUGCAUUUCUUGGAGCUGGUGAUGCAUGUGCAAGCCCUACUAAUUCUCCGCCUAGUUCUUCAUAUUCCCCUCAUUCACAAUUAAUCCAACAAUCAAAUGGUCACUCACAAAUACCGCAAAAAUCUCCACAACAAAAUCAACUUAGAAGUGAUGAAUCAUGGUCUGUUAUUCAUGCGAACAACCCAAUGAAUGGAAUGAAACCACAUCAUUUAAACUCAUAUGAUGGUGGUUUAAAUGACAAAGAUAGAGAAACAAUUCAAUCACAAAGGACAACUCAAGUUCCAGUUUAUAAUUCUCAAUCGUAUCAAAAUUUUGAUACUCAGAAACAGCUUAUUAAUGAACUAAGAGGAUUAUAUCGAAACUCAAGUACAAAAACGCAACCAAAAUAUUCUUUACAACCCAAUGUAGAGAAACAGAUAUACUAUCCAAAUACUUCUCCAAUUUCAUCUCCUACACCAAAUUACCAAGCAAAUUCAAAUUCUUAUAUCCCUACAUCAUCAUCUGAUCAACAUGAAAUCAUCAAAACUAAUAUUAAUAACAAUAAUAAUAACUCGUAUGUUCGUUCUAAGCGUUCCGAAGUUUACCGCUCAUAUGGAUCAUUAACCACUAAUCAAGGUACAAACAACUCUGAUCCAGGAAUAAUGAAAGAACGUGACUGUGAAGAAAAUAUUACAGUCAAUGAAACUGGCUGUUGGACACCAGAUCAAGUUUUUACACGACGUGAUUGCCUUAAAGCUAAUUCAUUGGCCGCAAGGGGUGGUAGCGAUGGUUUAUCAAAUUCAAUGAGUCCAGAAAGCUCAUUAUCAGAUAAAUCAGGUUCAGAAGCUAAUGAACUAAACCGUCUUCAUAUGUCAGACAGUUCAGAGAGUAAUCAUGCUAACAAAUUAGUAGUACGUGUAUUUCGUCCGGAUAGAACAACUAAAGCAAUAUUAAUUGAACAUCAAAUGACCGCUGGUGAAGUGGCUACUAUGAUGAUUGAAAAGAAUUUUUUACAACCUUCAGUACAUUUAGCUUUGGUAGAAAAAGUUCCAGCUUUAAAAAUAGAACGAGUAUUUGAAGAACAUGACAUUGUGUCUGAUUGUAUUUUGUCUUGGCCAACAAAAAGUCAAAAUAUGAUCUUCUUUGAAGAACGACCGGAUCACUUUGGUCUUGUUGAAUCACCAGAUGUAUGUUUUGAAGUAAUAUUAACUUAAACUGUAAUAAAUUCACAUUUUCAUUUCUAUCAUGCUGCGAUCUAAUAUGACCAAAACAAAGGAUUUCAUGAAAUCCUAAUGACAAUUCAGUCUUCAGAUGCAUAAUUACCCAGAAUUCGAGCAGUGAGCGAUACAUAGUGAACUGUCGAGACCUUGUAGAUUGCGCAAAAAGCUUUAGGUUCACAUUUUACUUUCUCCAUUACCUACUUAGUCUUGAUUGUUAAUUGGUUUAAUCAAAACUGAAAUUCAAAUCAUCAGGUAAAGACAUUGAUUUCAGUUACAUGUUUAGAACUGUGAGUCAGCUUUUAGAUUUGUAUAUUUAUGAAAGAUUUAGAUUAUACAAAUAAGAUUAAAUACAAAAUAAAUUAUCUUUCUCUUCACAUAUGCUUCUACAUCUAAGGAUGAUCUGUAUAUCGUUAAUCUAAAUCAUCAAAUUACAACCCCUGACUUAAGUAUUCACUUCAUUCAGUACAUGAAAUCGCAUGGUAUUAUCCACCGUUGAUUUAUAAUUAAAAUAAGCAAGAGCUAGACCAGUUGUUUCCAUCUUUAAUAGUACACAGGUAACCUUAUAAACAUAGAAACAAUGUACAGACAGUUUAACACUCUGAUUAUUCAAAUGAUUCUUAUGAUGAGAAUCUAAAAUACUUAGAUUUAAAUCAUUUCAAUCGAAUACUAAACGAGAUUUCAUUUGGCAAGGUUAGUUAUACUCGUGAAGGUGGUUAGCAGUAGAAUUUACGUUAUAUUUGCUUUUUAUCUUACCCAAAACUCGUCAUACAUCUGCAAAUGAGUAUAGACGCAGAAAUUAACCAAAUACAGUUCUAAGUAUCAACAUAAAAAAAAUAAAAACUUUGAAGAUUCUGAUAAGUCUUUUAAUUGAACUCUAGAUUCGAUUCCUAAGCACUUAUAGUAACCCCCAGGCUAGAUUCUGCACAGCAACUUGAACACGAGAGAAAAGGCGCGAAAUAUAGAAGAAACUCCUUACUCCAAAGGUUCGUUUGCGUACAAAAAAUCUACGGUUUUUAUGGUGUUUUAGAUGGUCCUGGGUUUCCAGAAAAUUCUGGAGCGCCACUAAACAUAAUAGCAGUAUAGGUAAUCAUCCAAUCGGAAACUCGACAUGUGACUAUUCAACUUCUAGAUGUUUCCGUCAAAACUUCCAUUGAAUGCUGGUUGAAUAAGAUGCUUCUCAGCAUUUCUACAGCCUUUGUCGGCUUUUUUUUUGAUUAGUUUUCUGGAUUUCCCCAACCCUUUCACAAUAGAAUUCAACGUUAAUAAAAUAAUAUUUUAACAUAAUUUGGUAAUUAGAGCUGAAUAAAAAUUUAUAUUGUCCCUAUUACUCUGGAUAUAACUGAUGGUCAUACAAUACAUUCUAUCAAUAAACAUGUAAAACAAAACAACAAAGUUGUAUUUAUAAACAUUCAUACAGUGAACUGAACUCUAAAAUCCAUUAACUUAUUGAUUAUCGAUACAUAGAUAUCAAUAAUCAAAAAAUGUAUCUGCAUGUUUCUAAUAUUGUAAACUAUUUAGAUGAUCAUUUUAUUUUAUGCUACAUUUACAAGGUUAUUAUGAAUGUAAAUUAUCUGACUAGUUUAUCCAUGAUUAUACCAUACAAAACCUUUUAUAUUAAAACUUUCGUGAAGUAAUAAUGUAAAUUCGAAACAUAAUACUUUCUAUAUAUAUGAAGUUUCAGUUGAUCAUGACAUCAACUGUUGAAUUUAGACAAAAAGAUAGUUCGGGUUAUAAAAAACUUAAAGAGGUAAAAAAAGUCGAUAAUGUUGGAUCCAAUGUAAAAUGUAACUGUACGUAAGUGUGAAUCUAAAAUGAACCAUCCGCUUCCUUUUGAAUUCACAUACACUUUGUUGACAAGUUCCAAAUUAGUGUAAAAACUAGAUUCAGAGCUUUCACCAAUCAUUUAAUACCAGUAGUUGGGUUGGAAAACUGCAAUAUAGUUCAAUAAAGGGAAUAUGUGAAAAAAAAUCAUUGUGAAUUAAUUAACACAAUUUAUAUUUACAACUAUCCAACUUUAUAAAUAUUGUAAUCUAGGCAACUAUUUCCAUACAUCGUUGUAGACGGUUUAUACAAUUUCCAAUUUUUACAUCCAUCUAUUCAUGUCUUGUUCAAUUUGCUUUUUUUUACUGACUGGUAAAUUGUGUGUCAUGUCAUAACAACUCGUAACUGAAAUAACUAUAGGUCAGUUAUUAGAAAACCCAGUAUCUAUAAAAUCUGUUCAAUAAUCAUCAGUCAGAAAUAUAAUCAAAUCAAAAAUCAUUAUUUACGUAUAAACUGAACAGAACAGGGUUGUUCAUAUUUUAGAUUGGUAUCUGAAAAUUUGUUAGAUCACGACUAUGACUUACUAAGAGGUCGAAUUAUUCUGUUUAUGAUCCUACUGAUGAUCGACUGCAAAUUUUGGUUAUUUCCUAGUAUCAUCAACUCAAUAAAUACUAACUGAUCAAUAGAAUUACGAAUACAAUAUUCGUUAACUCUAAAUCACACCAUCAAAAGUAUUCAGAAUCAUCUAAUAUUCUGAAUAUGAUUUAUUUAGAACAGAUAUAUUAUUAAAUACAUAGCAGAAACAGAUCUUUAAAAAUUACUUCAAUGUUCAUGUAGUGUUAUUUUACCGUGUUUUAACGUUUCAAUCAAUCGACUUCUUUAAUAUAAAACAAUACUACCGAUUUGUUCUUUUUCUAAAGACAAACCUUUAUUGAUGGGUGAUUUAUUCAUCUUAUUCGAAUUUAUAUAAUCUUAAAAUAUCAUCUUUGUAGUGACAGUCGAAUUCUGAUUGUCUGUUUACUUUUUUAUUCUGUUCAUUGAUUGUUUCUACUAAGAAAAAUAUCCACUUAUAACGAACACAUUGAUGUAUUUCUGAGAAAAGAUGACAGGAUCUUGGGGAAUGGAAAUUUUCAUUAUAUGAUUUAUUUUCUACAAAUACCAGUAAAUUUUAUGAAAUAUUAUAAAGACAUGAUGAAGAGAUUUCUUUACUCAACUCCUACUAUUUAAACUGCCUAGUAACCUGUAUAAACAGUGCUUAUUUAAGUGUUUU